AUGAAUGUGGAUCUACUUAACUACUGGGUAUCUAAGUUUAUAGUUGAAGUUUGUAAGGAAAAUGGAGAAGAAUAUCCACCGAACUCCAUUAUGUCCCUAGUGAUGGGUUUGCAGUUGCAUAGAGUAAAAACUCAGAAGCGCAUUGACUUUUUGGAGUGCCCAGAUUUUAGCUGGAUCCGUUUAGUACUGGCCGCAAAGACGAAAAGAUUCACAAGAAAAGGCAUGGGAGAAUCCAACUCAAAUAACUCUAUAGGAGCCCACUGGAAAACCAGCAUAUUGAAAUAUACUGAGGAUUGUUCCAAAACUGUCCAAGGGGGGUUGAAACACAGAGGGAUAAGUAAUAAAGAGGUUGUUCAUCAUGCCAAAUUAACACGAAGUGCCCUCAAAGAUGCCACGUGUGCUUAUUCAAGUGCUAUAUGGAAUUGUGUCCAACCAAAGGUCGUGAUGACACAUUUUAUUUGCAACCUACAUAAAAGCACCCCAGGUUCUAUCUGGUACAGUUGCCAGCCAUAUGACAUCAAUACACUUAAUACAUUUGUUCCUGAAAUGUAUGCCAAAGCUGGAUUAUCUGGAUAUUACACCAACCAUUCAUUAAGGGCUACCACAGCCAUGUCUUUAUUCCAACAAGGGCUGGAUGAACAACUAAUAAUGGACCAAACGGGACAUAGAUCUGCAGCAGGUAUUCGGUCUUACAAAAGAGUUGGUGAGGACCAAAGAGAGAGGGUAUCAGAAUGACUACAGCUCUUAUUGUCACCUUGAGCAUAUCUAGAACUGAGUAUGCAUGAUAUAAUGGCACAAUAUUACAGAUAUAAAGAGAUUUUCCCCUGGCCAUGUACAUGUUAUGUAAUUCUGUAAUAUUUUCA